AUGACCGUCUGUGAACCACCCCUCAAGAAACAGAAACAGGAGUACAUAUAUCCAAAUGCUUCCCGUGCCAUUUCUACCCAUAGUAUAUCCCCACGUCAUCCCCUAAAUAUAAAACCUAGUGGGAAUUCAUUUUUAGCCACUGAUCCAAUACUAAGAACCAAACGAAAUGACCUUCUCGGUUCAUUUGCUUGCCUUCCCGAUGAAUUAAUAAUGGAAAUAAUAGGAUAUGUAACCGAUGUCAACAGUCUCAAGAAUUUAUCUCAUGUAUCACGAAUUUUUUAUGCGUUUUUAUAUGAUGAAGAAGUAUGGAAAAAAUUAUAUAUCAAAAAUAUUCAAUUAUAUCAUGAUAAACCAUGGUUAGGAUCUUGGAGAAAUACAGUUCUAGGAAUACCGGCUGAUCAAUCGGCUAAUUUGCAAUUGAUGGAUAAUUUAUUAUGUUCUGAUUUAAUAUAUCGUCCUUUUCAAUGUUCUCAGAUCAACUAUCGUAAAUUAUUUGCAAAGAUAUUGACUGAAGAAGAAAGAUAUCACCAAGAUAGUAUCUUAGGUCAAUUGGGCAAACUCCCACCGGGCCGUAUUCAACGUAUCAAUGAAAGUAACCUUACCCUUGAAGAAUUCAAUACCCAAUACAACAAUAUCCCAUUCAUCCUUACAAAUCCAGAUAGUACGCGAUGGCCAAAAUGGACAUUUGAAAGCUUAUUACAACGAUUCCCCGAUGUGAAAUUCCGUCAAGAAGCAGUCGAAUGGAACUUAUCCAAAUAUUCCCAAUAUCUUGACCAUAACCGAGAUGAAAACCCCCUUUAUUUAUUCGAUUGUAAUAGUCCGGCAAUGCAAACCAUACGUCAAGAAUAUAAAGUCCCCCAAAUCUUCCAAUCCGAUCUAUUUUCAGUAUUUGAGGGCCAUUGUCGUCCUGACCAUGCCUGGUUAAUAAUGGGUUCAGCAAGACUGGGAUCUACUUUUCAUAAAGACCCAAAUCAUACUUCUGCAUUCAAUGUUGCUAUCCAAGGUCAUAAAUUAUGGGUCAUGCUUCCUCCACAUAUUUCUCCACCGGGAGUAGCUGCUUCAGAAGAUGAAAGUGAAGUCACUUCCCCCGUGGGAAUUGCGGAAUGGUGUCUAUCCGGAUUCUUUAAUGAUUCAUUAAAGUUAGAAGAUGAUGGUUGUUUGGUGGGUAUAACUUGUCCUGGGGAAUGUAUGUAUGUACCUGCUGGCUGGUGGCAUCUGGUUAUAAAUAUUGAUGAUUCAAUUGCAAUUACUCAAAAUUUUAUACCUGAAUCUAAAUUAGGGGAUGUAUUGGAUUUUUUGAAAAAUAAACCUGGACAAAUUAGUGGAUUUAGACCAAGGGAAGUUAAAUCAACUUUGGAUUAUUUGAUUAAGGAUAGGGAAAUUGAUAAUGAUGAUAUGAAGGAUUAUUGUGAGAAGUUUGGUAAUUUGAGUAAUGGUGUGGAUUUGAAUGAAGAUUGUGGUGAGAUUGAAGGAUUACCACCAAUGCCAAUCUUUGAAAUGUUUAAGCUGUUAUUGAUAUUGAAUGAUAAGCAAGCAGAAUUGGAAGAUGGAUUGAAGAAAUUGGAAAGGAUUGAAUUGAAGAAUUAUGAAAAGGAAACUGGGAAGAGUAAGACUUGGGAGAAGUUAACUGAACAGCCUACCACUGGAGGAGCAUUCUCGUUUAAUUUUGAAGAAAGUGAUGAUGAGUAG